AUGUCUCAGGACCCCGAUCACCCACCGGCCAAGAGAUUCAAGCCGGGCUCUCCUCCAUUUCACGCCAGCCGGAGAGCGGCCAUGCAGCCCGGACACAGAAAGCCCCCGGUGCCCAUGGAGCUGCAGCGGCGGAGCCUCCCCAUCUACCAUGUCCGAGCUCAGCUCAUAGGACAGCUCCGGCAGCUGGACAGUGCGGUCAUCAUCGGUGAGAGGCUAAAAACACCGUGCUGUCAUUAAUGGGGCCAGCUCUGUUACCAUGGAGGCUUUAUACAGUACUGGUCCUGGACAGAAAUAUUGGGUCACCACGAAAACCACUGGCCAACCCCUAUCAUUCCUAUCCAGGAACACACACAUAUGUACACAUUCCAACCACAUACUUUCCAGGAACACACAGAUUGUGUACACAUUCCAACAUAAACACAGAUUGUGUACACAUUCCAACCACACACUUUCCAGGAACACACAGAUAUGUACACAUUCCAACAUAAACACAGAUUGUGUACACAUUCCAACAUAAACACAGAUUGUGUACACAUUCCAACCAUACACUUCCCAGGAACACACAGAUAUGUACACAUUCUGACAUACACAUUCCCAGGCAUGGGAAUGAAACUGGCAGUAUACAUGUAAAACGCACAGACAACACAUCCAUCACACACAUUACACAGCCUCCACACUUUACAAUAUUGUGAGAUUUAUUACAGUGGAGCUCUGUGAUACUGUCUUACAAUAUAUUAUUCUGUGCUUCGUAGCUGUGGAGCUCUGUGAUACACCAAUGUGCAUAUUAUUGUGGAGGAGCUCACUGAUACAUUCAUACAUGCUGUAUGUUACUGUGAGUUCAUAAAGACUGUGUUGGAAUUUAACCGAAAUGCCAACCCAGUCAAAAGAUAACAUUGGACAAAGUGACUAUUUUCCUACAUUCGACAAAUAGGUGGAUCUGCUUCUGUCAAGCCUUCAUUUGUCGCUUGUGAUGGUUGAGGGGAAAAGUGUUGUGUGGCAAAAAUGUUUUAAAUCAAUGAUCUUUGUGUUUGUAUGUGUACUAUAUGUGAGAGGUGGCAAAAUGCAUCUUCUAGUGUAAGUAAAAGUUAUUACACUAGCUUUUUUUUUUUUUCAUAUUGAGAAGCAUUAUGAAUGCAUUGCCACGGUCAGUGGAGUACUUCUGAAUCCAUUGCUUCUGUUUGGGAAUUAUUCAUGGCUUUCGGGAGCAUCAUACUAUGCGUGAUGUUGCCGAACGUAAAGACUUUAGAUAAUUGAACUUUUCAACGAGGAAUCUCUAGUAGCUGUCAAUCUGACAGUUUCUAGUUCUUGGCAGAAUGUAACCAUUGAGAGUGCCUAACUGAGGCUUUCAGCUAGUUAGUCCGCCUUGCAUGACCAGGUUUAGCUCAGUGGAGCUAACAGAAGGUCCUUGCAAAGCUUUCAGCUCCACAUGCACAUGGCAGAUUCUAAGUCAGUUGUCAAACCUAUUGCAAAUGUGUAUUCCUGAUACUAUAGUUUUGAAACUAGAGGUUCGUGGUUAAAAAAGGUGUAAAACUCACCUUUUCCCCCACCAUCAAGCAGGUUUGCUGCGGCUAGCCCUGCGCCAUUCCACCUCCAUGGCUGAGAUGAUCAAUCUUGAUUUAUACAGCAAAAUGCUGCUCUGCACUAAUCAGCAUCUCCUCAUAGAGAUGCAUUGAAUGAAUGCAUCUCUAUGAGGAACCUUCAUCGGCUUCAUGGAGGCGCUGAACGUCAUUUGCAGCACUAACUAAGGAGUCUGAGUGACGCCCACUGGAGGUGUUACUAGGCAGUAAUGUAAACACAUUAAACUGUAGUUGUUCUGGUGAUUAUAGUGUCAUUCUAUGCUAAAGUUGUUGAUUCUUAGAAUAUCUUUUGAGGAAUAAAAAAGCAUAUGCAAAUUUAGAGAAAAAAAAGUAAUCCGUUUUAGGCAAAAGGCACGUUUGCAAAAACGAUACUGAAAACCUGCCAGAGGCAAUAAAGAAAAUACUUUUAAUACAUUUGAAAGUGGCAGAUUUGUAAACACUCCCCCCUUCCUCUCCUUCACCCCCCCCGAAAAAGAAAAUAACAACAACAAACAGAUAAGGAGAAAUGAGGAAUAUUUUGAUUGGAAUACAAAGAAAACGCACCAGAAAUAAAACCACAAAAAUGUUAACAUGAAACUUUUUAUUAGAACAACAUUAAUAGCCCAAUGAUGAACAGUAAUUUUAAUCUCUAGAGCGUUUAAAUUUGCUGUACAGCAUUGGCCUCUUAGAUUUCAAGUAACAAUUUUCUUUAUUUUUAAGCACCAUUAAUAGUAAUUACUAAAUAACUGUAAGUCUGAUGAAUGUUCUACUUUGUGUAAAUAUUGGUGUUUUAUUUUGCAGGUGAGACAGGCUCUGGUAAAACCACUCAGAUCCCUCAGUACCUCUAUGAAGCCAGCAUUGGGCGGCAAGGUAUCAUAGGUGUGACACAGCCUCGGAGGGUGGCUGCUAUAACCCUUGCAACUAGGGUCUCAGAGGAGAAGAAAACGGAACUAAGUAAACUUGUAAGUACCGGUAACUUCACUGCUGUGCUUUUUAAUCACCAGUGUGCCUCCUUUUGCAUUCUGUUUUAAUUUGCUGAUAAACAAACAGAGAAAAGACAGCAACUCAAAAGCAUGCCCUUUUGGGUAUUUCAAACUCUGGUCUCUUACAAGUUUUAGUUCAUGAUUUAUUUUAUUACAAAGUGAACCUAGACUUUUUGCCUCUCAGAAUGAUCCUAGCCACCUGGGCAGUUCAGAACUGUAAUGCUAGGAAGCAAAUAAUAUGGCAAACCUAGAUGACCUUUUGGGCUUUGGUGGGCCUGGUCAGUGAGAUGUGGCUGAUAUGCCUCUAGACACUUUUGGGAGGCCAUAAUAAUUUUCAAGCUAACAAUAACUUAGUUCUAUUGCUUGAGAUUCUUAGAUUCCUUCUCAGCACACCCCUGCCUUGUCAUAUUGCUUCCUUGGUCCCUUUGUGUCCCCUAAACUUCUUGUUCGCUCAUGAUUUCUCUUCUGAUUUCUUUAUGAUCUUUUCCAUAUAUAUAUAUAUGGAAUACUCUUAUUCUGCUUUGCUUGUGAAAUCUGAUUUCACACAUACAAAUAUUAAUAAUGAGCACUAGUUUUGCUAUUUUGUCUUGGCUUUUGUGACUAUGAUAAUAUUGCCAUGCCAAAAUGUAUGGCUAUAUCUUUACAUUAAAUGCAGUGUUUACCAUAGCCACCAUGUUUUCAGGGACACAUAUCACAUAUACAUAUUGAUGGCAGCACAUGAAAAUGGUUUCUCUGUAGUAAUUCAGAAGAAGGUGUAUUAGUUAAGCAAUAGGGCAAUGAAGAAUCCUGCAUAAUAUGCAUUAUAUGUACUGCAGGGCAACCCUUUAAUACAUUUUCAUAAAUAUGACAUUUUAUUUGUCCCUGAAAACAUGAUGGAUCUGGUCACCCUGUUUUAAAUGAGGCUUUAAAAAAAAAAAAAAAGUUAUCUGUCCAUGUAAGUAGAUGUAUGUUUUAAUUUAUAUAAUGCUCUCAUAUAUUUUUAGAUUGCUUUAUACUUCCUUUUGCUUGUAAAAUAAAGUCCCAUGCAAAGCUCUAAUUAUAAUUGUUGAUACCUGAGCAAUUCAGAACUAGACUCGCUAGAAUUGUGAAGGUUAGAGCAGCUAUGAGAACUGUCACAGCAAUGUAUGCCAUCUAUUUGUACAAUGGCCCUAUACAAUUGCUAGUGAUUUCUCUUUACCACAAGGUUUGAGUAGUCUUUUUUUUUUUUUUUUUGCUAUGGUUGGUAAAGCUCCACACAUUAUAAAGGUGUGAAUUGAUGUUUAAUUUUUACUAACUGAAAUAUGCUACUUGGAGUCUGAUCCCUGUAAAUGUGGUGGUGUUUUUUUUGCCCCCUCUGUGGUCAUCCUUUCCUCCAUUUUGCUAGGUAAAAGUGACCCAGUUUUCUUGUUUGAUCAUACUUAAACAUGAAUUUAAUUUGUCAGGUGGGAUACACAGUACGUUUUGAAGAUGCCACAUCAGAAGAGACAAAAAUCAAGUUCCUCACUGAUGGAAUGCUGCUCCGUGAGGCGAUUGGAGACCCACUUCUACGUAAAUAUAGUGUCAUCAUUUUGGAUGAGGCCCACGAAAGAACAGUGCAUACUGAUGUGCUCUUUGGGGUUGUAAAAGCUGCACAAAAGAAAAGACGGGAGCUUGGGAAACUACCUCUCAAAGUAAGAACAGCCUUAAUCUAAAAGGGUGAAAAGGUAUUUUGACAAUAUCAUACAAAGUUAUUUAAAUUCUUAAUUAUUGCAUGAAAGCUUCAGCAAAUCCCACUUUAUCCUCCAUUCAAAGAGAAUCAAAUGGAUCGCUUAUCCGAAAAAUGUGCGGACGGCUGAUCUCUUUACUACAAGAAACGUAGUGAAUAUGUAUUGCUAGCCAAAGCAACUAGUGAAUAAACAAUACUCAAUAAGUUAGUUUGAAUUAAAAAAACAACAAAUUUUGUUUGUUUGAGUAGCCUGCAUAUGUACAUCAAAACAAUCAAUUCAGUCUGUGGUUAUCAGCACAGAGAUAAAAAUGUCUUGUUACAAGGGAAAUCCUCCUCUGGGCAUCAUUUCUGCUUGCCCUUCAGCCUAAGGGAAAGCAAAGCCUGCAAGGUGAAGGAAGGAUGAGGGGCAGGCUCUGUGUGAGUGCAGCAGCGCAAUAAAAAGUGCCAGAAUUAUUUAUUGUAGAAUUAACUGGCAUGACAAUGGAGACAGAGAACAGAUAUUUUAUUUACAUAUAAAAAAGCCAACAUAAGGUAUUGGUGACUUUUAACCUGUUACGGGAAGGAAGUAUGUCCUUCCCAAAUGGGGUUAUGCAGUCGAAUUGUGUCUAAAAACACCACCCACUGAAAAUAUGAUUUGUGAUUUCAACAAGAGACAGGGGUAAUGGAAAUACAAUAAAACAUGAGCUUUUAACUGUAUUAAGGGAGAAACACUUAAUUGUAUAAUGUGAGUCAAGCCAAGUGGUAAGAUAACUGAAAACCCAUAUAAUUAAUGACAGGGUCACAUUAAAUAGUAUGUUAUGAUAGUAGAGGAGCUGUAUAUUGCUCUCUGCUUACUACCAGUGUUGUGCCAUUACUGCAAUGUGCCUCGUCUGGCACCCCAUUAAUUGCUGUUUUCAUACCUUACAGGUAAUGAUUAUGUCUGCCACAAUGGACGUGGAUUUGUUUUCUCAGUACUUUAACGGUGCUCCGGUUCUUUACCUCGAAGGUAGACAGCAUCCCAUCCAAGUCUUCUACAGCAAGCAGUCACAAAGUGACUAUCUUCAAGCUGCGCUGGUCACAGUCUUCCAGAUUCAUCAGGUAUUGGUUGUCAGACUCUGCAGUCAUGAGAUAGGUGUAAAAUCUGAAUGCGAUAUCUGUAUAUGUAUAUAUUAUCGGUAGUUGAGCGACUGAAACCACGUAAUCUUUGCAACAUAUAGGUCAGGAAACUACUACUCUACUAGUCUUGCUUGACUGAACAGAAGAUGUCAUCUAUUGUCUUUGGGCAACAAAAGCAGUACACAUCACAAUAACGAAUGUGAAACAUAAUCUAAUGAUGUUGCUAGCAGUGUGCAAUAUUUGGUGAUGUAACUUAUCUUGUUUUUUAUUUAACAAUUUAAAGUGACACUCUGAGCACCAAAACAGCAUACGUUUAAUAAAUCUCUUUUGGUGUAUAGAUCAUGUCCCUGCAGUCCCACUGCUCAUAUCUUUGUCAUUUUGGGGUUAAAUCACUUUUGUUUUUGUUUAUGUACCCCUAACCACUUCUCCCCUAGCUGUGACUGACACGGCAUACAUUUAAAAAAAAAAUGGUUUUAUUUUCAGUCAGAUGAGACAGUGCAGCCUGUUUACUGAACUUGUUUUUUUUUUUUUUUAACUUUGUGUAAUAAGGUAGCAUAAAAAUGAUUACUAUGUUUUCAGGAAAUGUGUAGAGGCUGUGUGAGUCUAAGCCAAAGAGGUGUGGCUGGAGCUGCAAUUAAGUGGCUUAACUUCUUAAUGGCAGAGAAUUGAGCAGUGAGACUGUAGGAUAGGUGUGCCCAAUUGGAGGUGUGCCUUGAUGUGUUAAAACUACAGCUUCCAUGAUGCUUUGUCAUUCUAAAGGCAUGCACAGCAUCAUGGGAGUUGUAGUCCUACAACGUUAAGCUAAGAUUGUUUAGGUUCUUAGUUUCCCAUUAAGUAAUUUGCAACAGAUGUUACAUACAACACGAGUAUGCUGUACAAGCAUACACGUGUUUAAAAAGCAAACACUACUUCGGCAUUUGUGACAGAAUGCCUGCAACAACCACAAUGAAAACACUUGCUUAGCCGUCUACAGCCUGAAUCUCUUCACUGACAUUUAUUGAGCACUAAUAACGUGUUCUAUACUUUUCUGGUUUAAUGAGUGUUCUGUAUGAUUAUUACCGUUUCAGCACAUAGUGUGCAAACCAAAAAAAUCACCCCUUCCCUGUUCCAAGAUGUGCACUAUAAAAUUGUAUCAUAACAACUACAAUUCUAUAUCUACUGUGGUUAAUAUGUUGGUAUAGAAAUCCUAUUAUCAUGCAUUUUAUAACCUAUUACCCCUUUUAACCAAUUUUUUUGGUAAUUAAAUUUACCAUUGGUCAUUCCAGGUCAGCUGUUAGUAGCUGUUGCAUGACCCACUAACCACUGGAGAUUUUCAUGUAAUCUUCAGCAUUUAAGAAUAAAUGUAUUCUGUGAAGUAGUAUGACAAAAUAGCAUAGUGACAGCGAAUUUCCAUUGCAAGCAAACUGACUACAUCACACAGUAUUAUUUGCUGCAAGAGAGCAGUAAUAAAGGUGUGUGUGUGUGUGUGUGUGUGUGUGUGUGUGUCAAACAUCUCUGCAUCAUCAGUUACCACCAGUGAGAUUAAUAACGAUGAUGGACUGACACAUAGCCAUCUUUACACUCAAACACCUAGAAGACCCUCCUUUGUAGUGUUUAUAGUAUAUUUUCACAUACAGAUGGUCUCUAACAUAUACCACUCCCUCCCAUCAUACUUUGAAAGCCACACAUACAGGCCUCAUUUUAUUUCUUUUUUAUUAGCAAUGUUCCAUAAUUUUUUUUGAAUUCUUUAUUUUUGUUGUGCAUGGUUUGACAGUAGGAUAUACGUUGCCACAACAGCAAACAUAAUCACAUCAAUAACAUAGAUGUACACAUAUGUGGCAUAGAAGUGAAAGCACAUUUUUAAAACAUUUUUUAAACGUAGUAAGGCAAUCUAGUGGUAUAUGUUAUGCAAGUAUCAACAAUAGUUAGAUUAUGGUAAGGCUUAUGGCAUUGCUUUUCUGAGAAGGGUAAAUAUUUAUGCCAUAGUGACAGGAGCUUAAAGUCAGAUAGUAGUAGUCAGAGAAGAGACAAAAAGGGAAAGCAUUGGAUGUACAUUCUUCUUAGCAAUGGAUUUUUAACGUUGUGAAUCAUAUAUGUCUGCAUGUAAGACCAAGUAGAAAAUUUAUAAGCAAUAGACCACUGACAUGAGGGGUAUUAACUUAAAUGGUCGUGUGAGCCAGUAGGCAAGUGACCACUGGAGUCGAGCAGGACCCCGCGCAGCUACAAAGCUCUGGGUGGGGUCUGGUGGGGAGAAGAGGCCAAAAAGGGCAAAGUGGCAGCGGUGUACCGCUGUGCAUCUUAGGUCUGAAGCUGCCAGUGGGUUACGUGUAGCUGCUGUUUCUAACAAAGUCCACAUGUUUUGGGGCUGCGGGUGUCUCUGUGCUUGCAUGCCAGGAUCAGUCUUCCUAGACCCCGGUCUGGUACCCCAGCUGCUCGGCACAUAACGAGAGAAUUGAGGUACGUCCUGUUCCGACUGCUUAGCUCCAGUUGGUAGAUACACGCUGCGAACAUGGCUCCGUUGCUCGCCACGUGUGUCCGGCCCCCCCCCAGAGAGGGUCUGUUGCUGGCGGCGGAUCCAGUUACUUGCACGGUCUCCCUCUCUCCCAGCGCUGUAUCCCUCGAGUAUCUGGCUUUGGGGACCUCCGCCGGAGUGGUUGGCUUGGUCGCAGCUUAGAGAGACUCCGUGUUGUAGGGGUAGAUGGUGGAGAGUCAGAAGCUGCCGCCAUCUUGCAAGGUUAGCCUCGGAUGUUUCUUGUGCCCCAGCCUCCCCACCUCUCUUCUCAGUGGGGACCGGGAUGACCCCCCCGGCCCAAAGGGGGGGGAAACGGGACCGGCAAGCUGCUCUGGCAAUCAGCGUGUGGCAGCUGGGAAGGGAGGCCUGGCAGCGGCCGUCCACCUCGCUCCCCUCCCGAGUAGGCCGCAGCCCUCGAAGCUUCGGUCUUCCACUAUGGGGUCCAAAGCUCCCGAUCUCAGGGUCCGCUACCUCUCCCACAGCCGUGUGUAUUUUGUAGGCUUGUCGGUUAUCAUAAUAAUCUGCCAUUUGUAGCUUAAGAGGCCCGAUCGCUCCGGAGCCUCUCCUGCAUGCGACCGGUUAGCAUGGCGGUCCGGCCCCGCCCCCAUGUUCCAUAAUUAAAAAUGAAAACUCCUAUGCUAUUAGCCAGGCCUUAAGUUACUGGCCACUGCAAGCCAUAGUAUGCUCAACAGGUGAAUUUCUGCUACAUUUUCACUUGCAAUUUGUUAGCGGCAAGUUGAAAUUUUGAGCCCUGGUCUAGUUAAUGAGAUUUAAUAUUCCCAUUACAAAUAUCAUAAUGUACUCAUAUAGACUCCAAUAGACUGGAAUUGAGUAACUUGAUUUAUCUAUUAGAUACACAAAAUGUAGAGGGAAAUUUAUUGAUACAUGCUUGUCUUUAAACAGUAUACACGUUUUAACCCCUUGUUCUCAUGAUCCUUUUGAUGUACUUGUCAUGAUGCUUAUAUGAAUUAUUUUGCUGUUCCCAAAGGAGGCACAGCCAUCUCAUGAUAUUUUGGUGUUUUUGACGGGUCAGGAAGAGAUUGAAGCGAUGACAAAAACAUGUAGGGACAUAGCAAAGCACCUCCCUGAUGGUUGCCCACAGAUGAUGGUGAUGCCUCUUUAUGCCUCUUUACCACAUUCUCAACAGCUGCGAGUGUUUCAGAGUACACCAAAGGUGAGUUUGUAUACGGUGGUUACCAUUGUUUGCAUUGCAGUCCUUAAAAUAUACAUUAAACUUCUACUGUAUGUAAAUGCUGCCAUUGUUUGAGGUCUGUAGUUUUUAUUAUGCAUAGACAAAUAGCAGUCCUGGUUCUCUACAUUCUAAAAACGUUUUUUCCCAAUAAUAGGUAAUUUAGCAUUUUUUUAAUUUUUGCACAUAUUAAAGUAAUUGGAAUGGAUGGAGCAAUGAAAACAGUAAUGAAAUAAGCUACUUAAGAUGCUAAUAAAAUUAAUCUGUUUCUUCAAUUUUCCCCAAAAUGCGUGUUCGAAGAGAAAGUAGUCCAUGUGUAGCGUCUCUUUAAACAAUUGUUAGAAAUGUUGUGUUUUUUAAAAUAUGUAUUUAGGAGUAUGGAGCGUAGUAAGAUUUAAUGGCAAAAACCACCCCUUUGUCUUAAAGUGAAGUCAUAACUUUGAAUACCUUUUUUUCCAGAAUGGAACUAGAAUAGGGCAUUUCUAAAACAGAUGUAGUUAUGAGCCAAGCGCUGCACAGCACGUGCAGCACUGGCCUGAGUUUUCAGUGAAAAAUUUACAACUUUUGGAGAAUGUCAUACCAAUUCAUCAUAAUCUUAUAGUUAAUAAUCUGGGUUUUAAAGCAUAAAGUGCUUAAAUGCAAAAUGUUCAUUUUGGACCAGUCUUGGUCCUUGAAGGACAUCUGCAGAGCACCGUCCUAGUACGACACAAAUUUAAAUGCUGAUAUUGAGUCACAAGCAAAAGCAAUUUAUAAAUGGUCAAUAUACCCUGAGCCAAUGGUUUUGCUUGAAAAACAGUAUUGAUCAAAGGUCAUAAAUUGCCUGUGUAAGAUCAUCUAGGGAGAAAGCAAUCUAUAACAAUAACAUUGGUUGUCUACCUUGGAUCAAAUAUGGUAAGGGCAACAUGUCUUCAUCCGAACUGAGGGUACUCACAAAGAGGGUUGGACCCCUGUCUAAGAAUCUAAAGGUGCGCUCAUAAUACCCUGUUGGGAAGGCAGGGUUAUUCGUUGAGAGUGACAACUGUUUACCAAAUUUUUAAGAAUGAACUGGGAGUAUAAAUAAAUGGGAGCAACUUAACGUGUUAAAUGUAUGCCAUUCCACAACCUGAUCCAAAUGAGCCACCUUGCUUCAGGAAAAUAAGUAAGAUGAUAGAAUUUAACUCUAGGCCUGCUGCCCUUCCAUGCAUAAUUCAAGAGAGCAGAAUUCAAAGAGGGCAACUGAAUUGUAUCUGCAGACAAGAAGUUUGGGCAACAGUACAUUAACAGUCUUAGACUUGUCAGUGUUAAGUUUAAGAUAGCUCAGCUAAGCACCUUUAAAACUCCUUCAAAAUAUUUGAGAGAGAAAUGGAAGGCUGUUCAACAUAACAGUAAACCAUCGGCCUACACCCUAGGUCCUAUGCAAUUGAAUUAGAAAAUAAUGGCCAUGAGAAACCGUUCUAAGGUUCAAAAAGCAGUAGAGACCAGGAAUAACUUCACCUGCUCCAUUUAUGAUAUUGACCUCAUCUGUAAGUGGCCCAUGAUAGGGGACACUCAAGACCCCUAAUGCACUUUAGCUUACUGAAGUGCUUCAUGUGUUACGGGUGUAUCUGUUUUCAUUUUACAAAAAGUACAGAUUUAAAUAAAAAAUCUUGUUAAAUCCGUUGGCUAUCAGACAAUCCUGUUCUUUCUUAGUUUUGUUAGCUCAGUGGAGCUAAACUCAAGAGACAGACCAUUGCUCAGAGCACCUGCCUUGCAAAGACCUAUCAUUGAGCUGUUUUGUGAAGUCUUUUUUAUUAGGCAAUCACAGAAAACAUGGGUUUGGGGAAGAAGAGAGCAUGUAAAGGCUGCAGAUGUGAUUUGCACCAUUUACAGGCUGUAUAUACCCCCAAUGAAAAAAAUGCAUAAUUAAUUAAAUGCUUGUUUUCCGUGGGAGUAUAUCUACUAAAUAGUGUUUAUUUUUUAAUUUGGGCAGUGGGGUGUCUGUUAAACUCAAACCCUGGCUGUUGUAAAAGUGUAUAAAGCUUUAAUCCAAGUGCAGCCGUUGUCCUAAGUCCCAUUUAAUGUAGAGCCAUGUGCAUGAAAAGCUAAUUCACCUAUUAAAAAUGUUCUCUGCAUCAGUAGAAUGGAGGUGCAUAGAACAAUGUGAUUGCUGGGCCAUAUUAAGAUGACAAAUCAUAUUAUCUUUUGCGUCUCUACUGGGGACAAAUCCUCUUUGAUCUUAUUUUUUUUUUAAUCUUUAUUUUGUCGUGCAUAUAGAAUACAGAGAGGCAAGCAAUGCCACAACAGCUGUUGCUAGCCUAAUUAUCAACAUUCAGAGAUGUAACGAACUACGCUUUGCCACUGACUUUUGGAGAGGCCUGCUUGCCAGCCUUUUGCCCUGUGACUAUGGCCCCUGGGGUGUAUUGCCAUUUAAAAAGUAUAUUUGGGCUUAUGGGUUUUAAUACACUAUUUCUGCCCCAAGAAUAUGGGCCCUGCAAAAAGACAUGCUUAAAAAUGACUUCCAAGUGGAAAAUGUGCCUCUUCCCCUUCCACCGUUUUCCUGUCCUUUUGUUCUCCAGCAGGGCGUUGUCCCAGGGACACUGCCAGACCAGUUGAAACUGGCUGCUUUGUCCCUCCUCAAUCUCUCAUCAGCCCUUGCUAUUGCUUAACCACAUGGUGUUCCAACUGUAUUCGUGAGAUCUGAGCGCAUCUCGGACAUAUUGAGCGCUCAGAUCCACGCUAUCUUGGGAUAAUUUGAACAUAUAGGUUAAAAAGUUACGUAUUUUUAUGUAGUUUUUGUACUUGGAGAUAUUUCCUGUACCUGGAGAUAAUUGACAUACCACACAUUCACUUAAGCCAAUUAUCUCCAGGAUAGAGGAGAAUAUAGACCGGCUGCACAGCCUAAAUCUGUGUAACUGUUUUGGGCAUGAAAGCCAUGCUUAAAGUCGAUCAAAUAUGACUUCCAGCUAUCUUCCGAACCACUGGACCAAGUCGUAUGACUUUUGAAUAUGUUUGUUUACUGAUUAUGCUGGUUCGGAAAAUAUAACUUUUAUUAAAAUUACAUGUAUAGUUUUGAAGUUAUGAAUAUUGUGUAAAACUGUAUAUUUUCUGCCUGUGAUAAUUAACAGGCAGAGGGGAGGGUUUGUGUGCCUUAGCUGGGAGUGUCUGUCUGACUGUGCUGUACUGUAUUGAUUGGCUGUUGUAGCCCUGUGUCCUGUGUACCACAAGGUCCACGUGGGUGGUAACCUUGUUGGAAAAUGUGUAUAAAAGAAAGGCCUUUUGUGCUCAGUAAACAGACCUGCUUACCCCUUCAUGAAGUCUUGGCUCAUGUUUGGGGGGAUUGGAGAAUUGCCUACACUGCUAUAAUCACUAUACUCCCCAGAGUAAGCUCUUGUAAGAGCUGUUCCUUGUUCCCGCUCUCUGGAUUUAGGAGAGGUUCACCCACUGGAAGCUGGAACCCGGUCUUGGGUCCAGGGUGGGUGGAGGACGGCGAAACCCCAACCAAGCUGCGGCGGUUCGUGGGGUUGGCAGUGGUUGUGGUGUUGAGUGCGGUGCUGAUGGUCCUUGGCGAGCACUUGGAGCAUCGUUUGACUGAUCUACCCAGUCGGGGUGGCAGGCGUUCCGUCACAAGAGACAUUUGUAGGAAUCCAGUAACAUUGCAAAUUUUAUAUUAUUUAAGUACAUUAUGAAAGAUGUAGUAAAAUAAAACAGCCAGUUAGCCCUGUGUGAAUCUCCAGUUUAGGUGAUAACCACAGAGCGGUUUACCCCUUGCCCAAAGACUAUGUGAGUAGUGUAGAGGGGCCAAUCUUUUAACCGGCAGGGGAGAGUGGGAGGGAAAGAUAAUAGUGUGGAUACUUGGCAAUGAGGUGCGUUUAGCAUUAGUCACUAAGUGGUAAAGCUUCCGCUUGUUGUAAGCUCAUUGUGCUUGCCUAUGAGACUACGUGGAGUAACCGCCUAUUAGGUUGUUAAACUUUGCAAGGAAAGUAAACUUGGCAAAAAAGAAAAAAAAAACGAGAAAAGAAAAAUUAAAAAGAACAAAAAAAAACCGAAACAAACUCUGUGGUAGACAUGUUGUAUGAUAAUGGUGGAAUUCAGAGUCCGCUUGGGUGGAUCAGCCUCUACUUCCUCAGGUGGGUGGCCUGACAGGUGAGGCUCUCUGGUUUUCUCUCGGAGUAAAUUCACGAAUGGCUGCCGAGUUCAGCCGGGACAGGCCUAUUCCAGUUGGCAGUAAGGCCUGCAGUAUACCCGUUGAUUUUAGGUCCGAUUGCAGCUCCUGAUAUCUCUGUAGGAAGUCCCAUUAAGAGUAAACAAUACAGCUCGUGGUGUCUACCAUCUGUAGGAAAUCUCUCUGGCACAAAGGUGUUGCAGGAGAGGCUGCAAUGAUUUCCGCCAAGUUAGGGUGCUCUUGGUGAGAUCUGUGAAUACUGCUAGCGAGGAGCCCUCAAUCAGCAGGGGGAGGGUUUCCCUCGCAGAGCGGCAAGGACUGAGGCUUUAUCUGGGAGGGCUUGAAAUCCAAGUAUGAGGUCUGCAGUUGCUGGCGCUCUGGCUGGCUUUGGUAGCCGGAACUUACCAUCCAGCUUCAAGGAUUUCACCUGCUUUGGUGGGAGAAACACUCCAAGAAAAGCACCUUAUGUAGUGGGGUAGGUCAGCGAUUUCAGCUGACUCUGGUAUCCCCUGGACUUUCAGGUUGUAACGCCUUCUCUGAUCUUCUAAAGCAUCCAAUCUAUCUGAUGUGUUGGUCUGCUACCUUGGUGACUCUGGUGUCGUGAGUACUUGAGCAAGCAUCCAGCAGUGUGAUUUUUGACGCGGCCCCUUCAAUGGCCUCUUUAUAGCAGUCCAUGUCUACCGUCAGGUCUUUGACUAGCUCCGCCAGCAUCUUUUUAAGUUGGUCUGCAUUGACCGGGUCCCCGGCUUUCUGUGGUUUAAUUCUGCGGUAUGGCAUGGGCCCAAAAGAUGCUCCUUCCAAGAAAUCCGAGGCAAACUCCUCCUCCUAGAGGUCGUUGGCCAGCGCCAUUUUGGACCACGCGGCCUGCUGCUUACAUGUCGUCCAAGAACUUAAAAUCUCUGUUUAAGAACGAUAUUGGACGAUAGCUGAAAAUAGUUAUCCUUUUAAACACCAAAGAAUGUUGUCAACAAUCUUUCUCUAAAAAGAAUUCUUCCAGAAGGAAAUGCUUGACUCUAUGCUGCUUAACAUCUGCUGAUGUUAAGCAGGCAGGCCAAUCCUUGCUGGCUUUACACCUCCAAGGACUAGACUGUGACAGCAGUCUAUUAACAGUCUGGGAUAAUAUUUCCAGAAAACUACAUGGAUUUUAUUUAAUACAAAUGUAGUCAUAUUUGCCUUAAUUUUCCUUUCCUGACAAUUCUCAAUGGCAGCGUUAACUGUAGGUUAGCUCUGCCUCUUUAGUUGGGUAAAUUUGCAUUUAUUUUUUUCCUAUAUCACUUACCUCCACUUUGGCCCCUAGUCUGUGUAACACUAAAACACAUAUGGAAGAAAAACCAAUGCAGCCAUAGAUAAUAUCCAGGAAGAUAAAAUGACUGUAAGUAUUAAUUUUACUUGCCUGGCAAACCAUGGCAGCAUUAUUUGUUGGUUAAUUCCUGAUAGAAUUGCAGAGUAUGACACCAUCUAUCCCUGCAAACCUUCAUCAUCCUUCAAUAGUUGCACAAUUUGCAACUUCACUGACUCGUGUCCCAUCAAUGAUGACUGUUUUACUCCGCUAACUCUUUCCUGCAGUAUUCUAUCAAUAGACAUUCCAACUCACCUCCUGCUACGUUAAUUCAGCAAAAGGGUGGUGCUCUGAGGCUAUUGCCCACCAGUAUGCUAGUGACCAAGGGGCAUUUUCCCCUGCUACGGUUUCCAGCGCUUCACUAAUGAUGGAGAAUAAGAGUGAAAGUAAGGUAAGAAAGAAGCAUGAAUUGACCAUGAAUUUAAAAAUUGGAUGUUGACAAUGUUGUGAUUCUCUAGGAAUGGAAUUUCUGCUGUCUGUUGUGUACAUCUCAGUAGAGUAUUAAUGAGGCAGCACAGCACAUUCCAGGUUGAUUAAUGGCCUUGUGGUUUGUUUUUAUUUUUCUGUAACUAAUGUGUUUGUAACUCUUUAAUUUAGACCAAAGUGCAAACAGUACACUCAGUGCAGUACAACAGUACACAAAAACACUGGUUUUUGGAUGUCAGAAUGCAAAUUAAAUUAUGGUGUUUUUUUAUCUUUAUCAGGGUCACCGCAAGGUCAUUCUUUCCACCAACAUUGCAGAGACCUCUAUUACAAUUCCAGGAAUUAAGUAUGUGGUAGAUACAGGCGUGGUGAAGGCAAAGAAAUACAACCCAGGUAUGAUUCCAUAACUCAAGCGCUGUCACAGUCAUCCUUUGUAUAUUCUCCAUACACAUGAUUUUCUUCAAAUUGUGUCUCGUAUAAAAGUUAUUGUGUAAAUAUGCGGCCUGUAUGAGGAAAAUUACAAAUAUGCUGGAAGAUUACCCAUUCUGACUUAAAAGACCUUCAGGGAAAAAACACAUCUAAGAUAAUAGUCUUACCAUCAUAGGAAGAAAUGUAAUGAAAUAAAUAUCACAUAUGUUAAAUAUUAGGUUAGGAAGAAGAGGACACUACCAAGUGCAGGGAGAAGGUAAGCAAGGCCGCAAGGGUAAACACCACAUGAAUCUAGAACCAGAAAGGGGGGAAAAAAGAAAAUAAAUGUUACUCCAGGGUAAAGUUUGGAUAGUAGGAAGGAAGGCUAAAGAAAAUAAUAAAAUCUUUGAGACAACACUUAUAUUUAAAAUACAAAUGACCAGACAUAUAUGCAAGGGGUGUCCCUGACGAAAUGCUUGUUGGACAACAGUAGCACUUAAUGCACACUUAUUCCAAGUUCUCUGCCCUGCAUUUCUGAUUGUCUAGUAGUAGGGGUGUAUGUAGGCACACAACCUUCUAGUGUGUGCCUAGAAUCUGGGUGUAACUAGAGCGAUUUUCUCUCUCAAUGCACCCAUGUAAGAUAGUCUGUUUCUACAUGUACUCGGGAUUGUAGGGUAUAUCUAAUGACACUGUUACUCUAUCGUUAUACCUAUUCACACCUUUCUUCAGAAUGUACUGGGGUAGUCUCAGGAUUUAUCGAUGACAAUUGCUACAGUGAUGUUAUUUAGAGCUGUUGUUUACAGAUUUUGGUAUUUAUGACUCCUGUUACUCUGAUUUACAUCCCACAUUUAAACAAUCUGUUGAGGAAUGACUGCACAUCCUUUAGAGCCCUCUAUUGGGGAACAUUACCAGGUUUAGUGGGUAAACAUUUAGUUAACAUCUCCAAAAUUCCUUUUUGUGGAGAUUAGUCUGUUUACUGUUCUUUCCCUAUGAUGUCUCUUUAGAUAUUCUUUGUUGGACUCUAUAUCCUACUUAUUUUUUGAGCAUCCCUGGGACAGUGUUUUACAUUUGGAAUUUUUUUGUUUUAUUUUUUAAUUUAAAUAUUUUGAGAUUUCUGCAAACAUUAUAUAAUGAAUGUCUUAACAAUACAACUGAUUUAUUUUCCAUGUCUUCCUAGAGAGUGGUCUUGAGGUGCUAGCUGUUCAGAAAACUUCUAAAGCACAAGCUUGGCAGCGCACAGGGAGAGCUGGACGAGAGGACAGUGGGAUAUGUUAUAGACUCUACACGGAAGACGAGUUUGAUAUGCUUGAGAAAAUGACCAUUCCCGAGAUACAGAGGUAUGUAUUAAAGCUAUUUAGAGUUUUCACUUUUUCUGUGUGUGUAAUAUAUUCCUAUGUAAGGGGAUUGCUAUAUGCAACUUUAAAAAAUAAAGAAAUGAUUAGGAAUCCAUAAUUUUUUUUUCAAAGUUAAUGCUUGUUUUUUUGAAACUGAAAACAAAUGCCUUGAUUUCAGUGAGAUAGAAUGUUAAAGUGGACAUUUGUGAAAGUUUUUCUGUGUUUUUCCAGGUGUAAUCUCGCCAGUGUGAUGCUGCAGCUUCUUGUCUUGAGAGUACCGAAUAUCCUUACCUUUGAUUUCAUGUCCAAGCCCUCUCCUGGUGAGUAUGUACAAAGCAUUAAUCAUAUACAAGCCAAUACCUGCUUAACCCUUUACACCAGUAUUCUUCAAAAAUGCAUUCCAGCUACUGUCAUGUUCUUGUCUAUGUAGUACUUUACUGUUCGUAAGCUCCUAUUAAAUUGCGGGAUGACAUUUUUUUUUCUUUUCAGUCAGCAAUUCAUUUUUAUUUAUUUUUUAUUUUUUUUACUGUCAUUUCACUGGUGAAAGUACCAUAAUGAGAGAGAAGCAAUUUUAAAUUUUUUUCAAAAUAUUUUUUGUCUGUUUUUGAAAUAAAGUACAUUGAUAGAAAUGUUUUUUUGAUAUUUGUGGACAUUGCAGUACACAAAGUUAAUAGUGGCUUUAAACCUGUUUGCUUAUAUCACAGACUCUGUACGGGCUGCCAUUGAGCAGCUGGAUCUGUUGGGUGCUGUGGAAAGGAAAGAGGACCAGGUCAUCCUAACACCACUGGGGAGGAAGAUGGCUGCUUUUCCAUUAGAGCCUAAGUUUUCCAAGGUAGCUGUGGUAGUAUUACUUUGUUUUCAACUCCUUAGCAUGUCUCUACAUAGUGGGGUGUAUUCAGUAAACUAGAACCUGUGGAGAACUGACAAAAAAGUUUUCGUUUAGGCCAAGAUAUCCAAAAUCUAUAGUGUACUUGGAAAUCCUUUCCAUCUCCACAAUUUUGCAAUUGUUUUGUCAGGUUUACACAAUUCCUAGUAUAUAAAUAAAGUACUUGACAAAAUGUACGUUUGUUCUUGAACGCCAAAUGUCUGAUUUUUGACUCUCACCAAUAGCUGCAUAGCAUAGGGAAGGCCACUUGAUUGUCAUUUUGGAAAGGUGUGUGAUUUAGAUUUUUACUUUUUAUUGUUAUUAAUACAUAUUAAUGGAUAAAUUGGCUAGUGCAUAGCCAAAGUGACAUUUCCCUAGAAUUUCUGAUAGUAUAUUUACUUUUUAUAAAUAUGUAUUUCUGAAGUGUGAAAAGUGUAAUUAAGUGUAGAAAUCCGCACUGCUUUAUCCUGCAACUGGGCACCUCCAUCUUUGCUCCCGUUGUCCUUACGAGGUCUGUCUUUUGUACCUGGCAGCCAGCAUAGAGAGAGAAACCUUUCUUAAUUUUUCUUGCUUUGCUGUAUUACCCUGGCUGUGUCUAAAUAAACAGGGUUGUGAUGGAAUUUACUAAAUCUUCAAUAUAAAUUUAAAAGGAAAUCAAGCAUCACAUAAAAAUGAUUAAACGCUGUUCUAGAUGGUUUUCAUGGUUUUAUUCCAGGGGCAUUGCUAGUGUCAAAUGAUACUUGGGGCUUUGGACCACUUCCCAAAGGUCCAAACGCUAUCCUUUAACACCUGCAAGAUAUGCCUCUAGACAUCACAUAGAUAAACACGCACACAAACAAAUACAUAAACACACAUUCACAGAUGCAUACAUAACAUAAACACACACUAAAAAUUAAAUAUUUGUUCAAAUAUCUCUACCUAUACCUUAUGCCACUAUGCUCUGUGUCGAGGGCGGGGGGGAAGCAAAUGGUCAAAUCAUGCAGGGUCUGUGACUGCAAGCUUCUAUAGCAAAUACAGAGUGAGUUAUUCGGGGCAAUGAGCUGCCUGCUCUGCCCUGUUCUGCUUCCUGAUCUCUUUAGCCCCUGAAUAUAUUGAGUGGUUAGAUGUAUAUGUAGUUCCUGAUUCUCUGUGGGUUACUGCUGCCAAGCAGCUCUCCCUCCCCUAUCUCUCCUCUAUCAAUGAUAGAGACCUGGGGGGUCAGGGAGGGCCGGACCGCCAAGCUGGAUGGCAGCAUGCACGCUAAGUGGGGACCAGUGGGGGUGAUCCUGGUCCUCACCCCAAGGCCCUAAAGAAGACAUGGCGGCUGAAGCUAGGGGGCCUAACAGCCAUGCCUAAGAUGGCGGACUCCAUGUGCACAGGAGACAUGGGGAAAAACAGCUCACUCCCCGCACUCACAGCUGACACUGCAACCCCUGCCUCCAGACCCUGCUAUACAGGGAAGCGGGAUUACCUUUACCCACUAACACAGCCACUCAAGUCAGCGAUGUCAGCGGCUGCCCUGGGGGGAUGGGGCUACACAACAGACCGGCCAUUGCCAUAUGGAGGUACCGAGUCUACCACCAAGCGUGUCACCUCAGCUGCGAGACAGACCUCCCACUCUGCCUGCAACAGCACGACCCCUGCAGCGGCAGCCGUGUGUGGAUGAUGCCGGACCCCCCAUCGCGGCUGACACCGGUCCCCAGGGGACCAAGCGGGACAAGCACUCCGUACCACAGCUGCAACCCCAGGGAAGCCGGCGAACGGCUCAGAGAGCGGCAGGGCUGGACUGUGUUUUGCUGCCUGUUCUGGUGGACACUCACCCACUGCUGCAUGAAACGGACAGAGCAGGUAUCAGAUAGCAGCGGAACUCCCCCUGUAUUUGAGGUCUCAGCAACACCACGACUGCUCCCCACUGAGGCAGCACUGGUAGUUCCUAACGGCCGGGAUGAAAACGGCAUUAAAGCGACAUCACAAGACCUAGCCUGAAUACCAAUUAUAACCAAACUACACUAGCCUGUUGGUAAAGCUACUGCUAUAUAUUUGCAUCAAGCAACCUUUCAUAUCUAGCAAGUAUUUUGUGCAUAAACUUAAUCUUGGUAAAGCGAAUAGAUGUGUAUGCUUAGCUUAAUCAGUUAUGCAAAUCAUCACUAUAUCAUUUUCUUGUCUUCCUCAUAUCUCAAACUUGUUUAAAAAAAAAAAAAAAAAAGUACAGCAUCUCGUGACUACCCAUACCAACUGUUAAUGAUGAUCUCAUGCGUUGAACAAGUCAGUGUUUAUGCCUGUAAUUUACUCUGCACUCAAAAAUAUAGACUUUAAAAAAAAACCAAAAAAAAAAACGUUAUCUAUUAUAUCACUAAGCACUCUAAUGCUGUUCUCCUUACAGACUAUCCUGGUUUCCUCAAACUUUCACUGCACUGAAGAGAUUUUGACAAUAGUCUCUCUGCUGUCAGUGGACAGUGUUCUCCAUAACCCUCCUGCUAAACGUGAUGAAGUACAAGCCUCUAGGAAGAAGUUCAUUUCUAGUGAAGGUGACCAUAUCACUUUGCUCAACACAUAUCGCGCCUUCAAAAACCUGGGUAAAAAUAAGGUAAAAUCCUUUACAUUGUUUUGUAACAUUGUUCAGACAGUAUAUUUCCAAAAAGAUUAUUUAUAUCUUACCAAACUAUACCAAUGAAGCUAUAUUUACCAUUUGAUGGGACCAUUUUUCACCAGUUUCAGUUUUGAAAUUGUAUCACAUUUUUAUCAGGACGGCAAAUGUACUUCGAUCUUGUUUUAUUAGGUAUAUACCUUUUAAUGUGUUCUACAUUUGUAAUUGUAGGAAUGGUGCAGAGAGAACUUCAUCAACUCCAGGAAUAUGCUGCUGGUUUCAGAGGUCCGUUCCCAGCUCAGGGACAUUUGUAUAAAGGUAUUUGCUCCCCUUUUCAUGUUGAUUUGUAUGCAUGUGUUUUCAGUACAAACAAACAUGUAUUCCAGAAAUCGGAACAUAACAGAAGAAUAUUAUGAUUGGACGGCUGCAAAACGUUCCUUAUGGUAUUUGUACGUUAAUUUUGAUGAUAACCAUUUGUGUCUUAUGCAAAUUUUUUCAUAUUACUUGUUUUUCUACAUUUAUUGACUAUUUUUGUAUUAUUUAUGUACAGAUGUGUAUAUACCCCUUUAUUCUCAGUAUAUAAACUUCUAAACAAGUUAUGUCUAACAUAAUCAGAUGUAAAGUAUAUUAACACAUCUCCCAUCCUACUUAACGAUGGGAGAUAUGUGUUAAAACAUCAUCUUGAUCUGUAAUAAUAAAUUCACAUAUGCUUUCCCCUUAAGUAAAUACAAUAAAAACUGUCAAGAAGCUUCUGUCGCUACCAUAUUUGGUUUUUAUAUCCAUGCCAAUACAGUGAAUCUGAUUUGUCUUUAUUUUACAGCUAUCAAUGCCCAUUGAGUCUUCAAGAACAGACACUCGAAAUAUCCGCCAGUGUCUGGCUCACGGCCUGUUUAUGAAUGCAGCAGAGCUGCAGCCUGAUGGAACCUACACCACAGUGGACACUCACCAACCUGUUGCCAUCCAUCCUUCUUCAGUUCUUUUCCACUGCAAGCCAGCCUGUGUCAUUUACAACGAGCUCCUUCAUACAUCUAAAUGUUACAUGAGAGACUUGUGUGUUGUGGAUGCAGACUGGCUGUUUGAGACAGCUCCAGAAUAUUUCAGAAGGAAAUUAAAAAGUUGCAAGAAUUGA